UUUUAUGAAAAAAAUCCAUUUAGCCCUUCAGAGGGGUAGUCAUUUUCCUUUUUCUUCUUUACUUACAAAACUUCCUCUACAUACAUCAACCACGCAGCAGAGAUAGUGUGAGUGAAAGAGAUAGAGAGAGAGACUAGAGGAGAGAGAAAGUCUAAUUGUUUCUUCUGUAAACUGCAAAGCCGAUCUUGUCUCCGAAAAUGGUGUUGUGGAGCAGCAACAACAUGUCAAGCUUUCUACUGAUUUUGCUGAUUCUUAAUUCGACCCAUUUCAGUCUUAUGGCUAAUGGUAGACCAGAGCCUAACUCGGUCGACAUCACCAAGAGAGAAGGAGUUCAAGAUGAGAAGAUGAUGAUGAUGAUGAGAGGUCUAAUAGGAUCAAGACCACCAAGAUGUGAGAGGGUGAGAUGUCGUUCUUGUGGUCAUUGUGAAGCAAUUCAAGUUCCUACAAAUCCUCAAACAAAGCUUCACUCUCCUUUUACUUCUUCUUCUUCUUCUUCCUCUGAGAUGAUUCAUCUUGAUUACACCAGAGGAGACGAUAGUACUAAUUACAAACCCAUGAGCUGGAAAUGCAAAUGUGGUAAUUCUAUCUACAACCCUUGAUGAAUUUUUCUCUAUAAUAUAUAUAUAUAUAUAUAUAUAUAUAUUUUGGGAUUCAAAUUCUAUAUUAAUCUCUGUGUACAUAUUUAUAUUUUUAGUCGUUUUCUUUUUUUUUUUGGUCAAAGAUAUUUGAGUUGUAAUCUUCUGAUUUUAUGAUAAG